CAUCAAUCAGCUCUCACUCCCCCCUCUUCCACUUCUUUCACCACUUCCCGGGGUACUUCAUUGACUGUCGCCCAAUUUCGAGAAGCAGACAACCCUCGCCUUCGUGCACUGCCGCCCAAGUCACCCUCCCCGACAACCCGAGCCACCGCAACAACCCACUUGCCUGGCGUCAUGGUUCCCCAAAUCAAGCAGGACCCAGACGCUCAGACGGCGCCAUACAUCAAACCCGACCCCGAGAGCAAAGACACCGUCCUCGCCGACAUCGACGACGAGGAUCUGUACGAAGAUGCCGGCGAUCUAGAUUUCUCGCAGGCGCAGCGGAGCGUGUGGCUCUCGCGCCUGCCCCGGUCGCUAUGGGAGCAUUGGUCGAACAUCACCAACCACCUGGACGACGACGAGGAGGUUCAGAUCGGAACGAUGAGAGUGGAAGGGACGCCGAAAGAUAUCAAACGAGUCAGUUUGCGCAUCCCCGAGCGAGACGAUAACCGCGAAAUCCCCAAAGACUAUAUCCUGCAGCGACAGACGAUAAACACGGAAGCCACGUCACACUCGACGCAAAACACCUACCUCUUUACGGAACGGGAAAUCCCCGGCCAGGAAAAUCGCAUGGUCGUCUUUGGCGAGGCCCGUUCCGCGCUGUAUGAAUCGAUGAAGCGUGAGAUGAAGAAGAAGGAGCGCAAGAAGAAGUGGGAGCCCUACGUGCGCAAGACUGUGCCUAAACAAACGGCGUUGGUUGGCAGUAUUGGGGAAGAGUUCAACUGCUUGCCGGUUGAGAACGAGGAAUUCAGGAUGUUGUCGGAAAAGAAGGCCAUGGAGGCGCUGAAACCCAAGCGUGAGACCGUCUUCAUCGAUAAGAUCCCCGGCAAACUGCUCCAGUCGCGGAAUGCGCUGCCGAGCGACAAGGGUGCCUUUGUGCAAGCCACCAAGCCUGCCAAGCUCAAGGCCCAGGAGAACAAAACCACGCGUAUGCCGCAGAACGAGCUGCUGGAUCUCAUCUACCAGGCCUUCCGCGAGUACAGGUACUGGCCUUUUAAGACGCUCAAGGCCCGGCUACGACAGCCUGAGGCAUAUCUCAAGCAGACUCUGGAGUUGGUGGCUCAUUUGGUCAAGUCGGGAGACUUCGCAAUGACCUGGGAGCUCAAGCCGGAAUUCAAGGAGAGCAACUAUGCGACCGCGAUGGCCUAUGGCAAUGCCAAGGAGGAGCUUCCUCCUGGUCUCGACUAUAACUUUGAUGAAGCCUCGGAGGAUGAUCCGAUGGCGUCGGGAAUGGUGACUGAUAAUGAUGAUGCACAGUUUGAGAAUGUUGUCUAAAGAGCACCGGGAUGUAUCUUGCAUAGGCCAUGGCGUUUCCUCUCUUCUUUCACUCUUUUGGGUUACUGGAGUGAUGUUUUCAUACAGAUUUGUUUUAGAUACAUCUAGUGAGGGUUGAGACCACUGGCUCGCCCAUCACGUACUAGCUAUCGAUUUCCAUUGUAUCAUAUUACUUAAGUAGAGUUCAAGUGAGG